AUGUUUGACUUACCGAAUGCGAAACGCGUUCGCCGCGAUGAAGUCCAGUCGCCGGCCUCAUCCCGCUCUCCGUCCCCGGUCGACGAGUCCGCCAUCCAAGAUGCCCAAGCCAGACUCGGUCAAUUGCUCAAUCUCGAUGCUUUACUUGGAACCACUAUUACUCCACAAGAGACGAAGGAGCCCCACCAGCCCGCCGCCGCCGCCGAGGACGAAGAGCAGGAGUUCGAGUUCCGCCUGUUCAGUGCACCCGCUAAAGCCAAGGAUACAACUACAAAAGCCGAAACAGAAGAUAAAUUUACAACGGACAAGGGCACAGAAGGCAAUAUACAAACCGGCGGUACCCAGAAAUUGCGCAUUCGAUUGCGGUCCCCCUCACCCGCAAACCCCUCCGAGGGCCGCUUCGUCAAGGCUUUCCGUGGCUGGCAGUAUUACUUCUCCGCCCCGUCACUGUAUGGUCUCAAAGAUAUCGAGGAAGAAAAUGAAGUGGAAAGGAGGCGGCAAUUCGAAGAGAUGGCCGUGAGCGGAGAGCAUAUCACAACAUGGGCCAAAUCCCAACCCUGGCCUGGAUGUCACCUUCCUUGGCGAGUUACCCGUCUCAAGCGGCACCAAACUAAGCUCCCUCCCAAAUCCACAGACAUCCCAAUUUACGUGGUUGAAGGCGCGCCUUCAACGAAAUCGCCAUUGACACGCAAGAAGCCCGGCAAGAAGCGUCGUGUCCAACUGCGCAAGAAGGUAGAAGCAGCCAAGAAAACUCUAGAGAACGAAGCAGAGAAGCGCACCCGCAAGAACCGCGAACGUAAGCUCAAGCGCAGACAGAAGGCGCGCGAAGAGAAGGCCGCGAAAGCAGCAGCCAACGGUGAAGAUAUUUCCAUGGUAGAUGCAGACGGUGAUUCAUCUGGGUCAGAUGAGUGA